UUGACAUCACUGAGUAAUUUUCACAAAAUGAUAAAAAAGUAAAGAAUUAAAUACACCAUAACUAAAAUUGUAAAGUGUGAACAAUUAUUGUAGGCGUGCUCAAUACGAAUGCAAUUAAGUUGCUAGUCAAGGAGGCACUUACCAGAGAGGGUGAACAAAUCGAUUACGAUAGAUCAAACAAGUGCCACAAAGGCGACGAAACCAACAAAAAAAAAGGAAUAUUAAAGUAAACAAGAUGCGUGCGCUAGCGCGAGCGCAUAAAUUAAAUAUUAAAUCAAUAUUUGUAUGCUUAAUAUUUGUGCUAUUAACGGCACAAAAUGUUGUACAGGCGCGCAAACAUCAUUUGGAAGUGCGAAAUGAUAUGCGUCCGUAUAUAGCGUUGAGCACCUUUGGUUUUUAUACAAACGGACACUUGGAUGUGCAGCUGAGCAAGCUGACCAUAGAUGAUGAGCAUGCCACUGAUUUGUUUGGCUUAUCGUUGGACAAGACCACUAUAGAUCAGCUGAAUCCUUAUUUGGACUCACAUCAGAACAAAUGUAUAUUGGAGGAGCCGCCAACGAGUCAAAAGAGUGGCCCCAUACUCUUCUUUUUGCUGGAUCUCAAGGAUUUAAAAGUGCGAGUGCAGUGCUCGCCGGAAUGGGCGAAUAAACAUGUUUAUAAGGAUGUUAUGUAUAGACGCAAACGCAACUCAGGCAAGGUGAGCGAUUCGGCAUUGUUUACGCAACAGCAGCUAAGUCGCCGUAGACGCGCUGUAUUGCCAGCAGAUAAAGAGGAAUCUCUGGAUGAUUUGGAUGGUUCUGUCGAGGAGCCCGAAGCAGAGGGUGAGGUACUGCAGCAACCCAAGCUAGCUGCAGCUCAGUUGAAAUCUUCUACAGCUGCAGCAGUGCCUGCUGCUCAUGUUAAUGCUGCCAUGUCCAGUGGGGUUCAGGCACCACCUGCUCCAGUUUCACCCGCUGCGCCAGUUGCACCAGUUGCUCCCACCUCAGUGCACUUCAACGAGCCGCCACCGCAACCUGCCCUGCCUGUGGACAGUGAACCUGGCUCUCUAGAUAACUUCUAUGAAAGAAAUUCCUAUAGGCAGGCUACAGAGGAUCUUUGCCGUAACUACACCUUGCCUCUAAUGCGCACCACAUUGGCCGGCAUAAAUUACUACAGCUUCAAUUUCUCCAUGUUUGUGGCCACACAGCAUGACGAAGGACUUUACAAUCUUUACUUUCAUGCCUGUCCCAACUAUCACAAGCCCAAGAUAGUGUCAUUUAAUGUGGACAUUGAGGAGAACAAUAAUGGCAACUAUUUAUCUGCCGGUGAAAUGCCUUUGCCGGCUCUAUACUUUAUGAUGAGUCUACUGUUCUUUUUGUCUGGACUGUUCUGGGUGUUUAUACUUAAAAAGAGCAAACACACUGUUUAUAAGAUACAUUAUCUUAUGGCUGUUUUGGUAUUUCUUAAGUCAUUGUCGCUCAUGUUCCAUUCCAUCAAUUACCACUUUAUUGAGAAGCGUGGCGAGCAUGUAGAAACCUGGGCCAUUCUCUAUUACAUAGCCCAUUUGCUUAAGGGAGCCGUGCUCUUUAUAACUAUUGUUCUUAUUGGCACUGGUUGGACUUUCAUCAAGCAUAUACUUUCGGAUAAGGACAAGAAAAUCUUUAUGAUUGUCAUUCCACUGCAGGUACUUGCCAAUGUGGCGCAGAUUAUUACGGACGAAUCAGAUCAAAGCGACGCCGAGUUUCGAACGUGGCACAACAUUUUCUUCUUCGUGGACUUACUUUGCUGUGGCGCCAUACUCUUUCCCAUAGUGUGGUCCAUCAGGCAUUUGCAUGAGGCCUCCGCCACGGAUGGCAAGGCGGCGAUCAAUCUGCGGAAGCUUAAGCUCUUUCGCCAAUUUUAUAUUAUGAUUGUUUGCUAUAUAUACUUCACGCGCAUUAUUGUGGAUCUGCUGCAGAUGACCGUAGUGUUCCAGUAUGCUUGGCUGGACGAAAUGUUCCGCGAGAUGGCCACCUAUGUGUUCUUUGUGCUCACCGGCUACAAAUUCCGUCCAGUAUCAUCGCAUCCAUACUUCACAGUGCCGGAUGAUGACGAGGACGAUGAUAUGGACGAGGUGCUCACCGAAUCGGGUCUAACGGAGACUGUGCACCGUAUCAAGCCACUUAACCGCAAUGCUAGCAGUAGCGGGGUUGGUGGUGGCACCACCAUUAUCGAGGGCAACGAUGAUGAGCGUGAGAAUUUAAUUUCGAAGAGAGAGUCCAGCCAUGAAUAUGACUAAAUAAAAUGUUUGCAAUUGUACUUUAAGUAAGACCAAGUCUAAUCCCAGCUGCGCUGCGCCUCACGGCCCCGCUCUUCCCGCUCCACGCAGUGCCCGUCCAACUGUAAAUACGUUGGGCUAUAACCCAUAACCGUUAGCUGCUUAACUACUUCUUACGUUUUAAGACAUUAUUCAAAUAAUUUUAAUGGAUAUACAUACACACACACCUACAAUUAUACAAACAUACAUAUUAGAUCUGCACCGGUAGUUUCUUUUGACACUAGUAGUACACUCAUGAUUUUCGCAGUGGCAAUGGGUGUAGGCAUCGGAUAGUAAGCGGUUGCGGUUUUGAAACAUCGAUACAACACAAAAAAAUAUGCGGUAGCUGCACAAAAUUUUGAGCCGCUGAAAUAUUUAAAGUUAAACUUAACUUUAAUUUCUUUAUGCGGUGUUUCAACGCACUUGCUCAAUAUUUUUACCAAAAUAUUUCAAGUGGUGUUUACUCUUUGUCCCCACGGAGCAAAGGAAAAAGCUUUAUAUGAAACAUAAUGUGUAAAAUUGUAAGGGAGACGCUUCAUUGGUAGCAGAUUUUGUUUACUGUCGUUCAUGUUGAGUUUUGAUGUGUUGGUAAUCAAACUUCCAACUUUGAGUCAUCACAAAUGCUGCCAGGAACUGAAGAAUCCAAGUUCACUGAAGCUCGUGAACGAGCGCUGUAUUCAAGGCUAUGGUGCAGUUUUUUGUUAAGAUUGCUGCUACUUACGGAGAAUUUGUAGACGUGGACGACUUGCUACCCGAUGGAACAACUACUGCUCGCAAAUGUCGAAAGAGAGAGGCUAACGAAAAAAGAGCGGAGCUAAGCAAUCAAUU